AUGAAGGUUUCUACCUUGUUGACCACCCUUUGCGUACUGGGUGUUGCUAGUUCGGCGGAUCCAACCGCACAAUGCGAUAACGGACCCGUUCAAUGCUGCGCAACGGUCGGUUUACCGACUGACAGUGUAGUCUCACCUUUACUUGGCUUGCUCGGAGUAGUUGUUCCAGACAUGAGCACUCCAGUUGGAUUGACCUUCGUUGACAUUUCCGAUGUGGAAAUAGAUGUCACUGCACUGGGCUCGCGAACAAGGUAUCUCAUGUAUUUCAAGUUCAUUGUCGUCGGUAAGGAUGUAGUGUUUCGGACUACUCUUGGCUUCUUGGCUUAA